UUGAAGUCCACAACCCACUACUCGAGUCCAUUGUUUACGAUAAAUUUCAAGACAAAGAGAGAAAGAGCGUGAGCGAGAGAGGAAGACUAGCAGGAUGAGUUUCAACUCUGUUAUGAAGACCGCCGCCACAAUUUUAUUUUUGUUGGUUGUUUCGACAUUAGUUUCUGCGAAGAAGUCGGGCGAUGUUACAGAGUUACAGAUUGGUGUAAAGCACAAGCCUAAAUCCUGUGACAUUCAGGCCCACAAAGGUGAUAGAGUCAAAGUACAUUAUCGGGGAAAACUCACAGAUGGAACUGUUUUUGAUUCGAGCUUCGAAAGAGGUGAUCCAAUCGAGUUUGAGCUUGGCAGUGGCCAAGUUAUCAAAGGUUGGGACCAAGGACUGUUAGGAAUGUGUGUAGGUGAGAAGCGAAAGUUGAAAAUCCCUUCAAAGAUGGGUUACGGGGAUCAUGGCUCUCCCCCUAAAAUUCCAGGUGGAGCAACACUGAUCUUUGACACAGAGCUUGUCGCUGUAAAUGGGAAACCAUCAAGCGAGGAUGGUGAGCUGUAGUCAUCAGUCAAAGGAGCAGAUUUCACUUUUUUUUUUUCCUUUUACGUACAUCUUUCAUGUUUGGUAGGCUAAAACUAGAUUUGAGUCUCGGGUUAUGCCAAACUAUUUAAUUAUGGAGCUUAACAUGGGAGAAAGUUAUGUGAUCAUGCCACAUAAUUAUUGUGUUUGGAUAAGAAAUCUUCAUUGCCUAAGCAGUGAAGAAUGAACUGAAGUUUAAGAUAAAUGGAGUUGGACAAUCAGUGUAAUGAACUAUUGCUGCUUUUUUCAUAUAAGAUUGAUCAAAUAAGGAUUUCCACUAUGUUAUUCA